AGGAACUCUGGGUUUUUUUUGCGCACGUUGUGGUGGUUGGAUAAAUUGAGGCUAUGGGAGAUAGUGAUGAUCUGGUAUUUUAAAUUCAAUAUCAACAUACAAAGAAGCCAUAUGUAUUUGUUUACCAACUGCUGGCACACGGUGACACAUCUGGCCUUUAGCCUUUUUGUAUGAGCAAAAAUAAUCCUUACAAGCCUAUUCAUUAUUGGCCAGAUCAAUGUCAUUUUCUUUCCUUUUCAUUACAUUUUGUGAGGAAAUAGUCCAACAAAUAAAGGCCUACGGUAUUGAGGAACAAAACAUGAGAGCACCGUCAACACACACACAUAUAUAUAUAUACGAGCAUCACCAAAGUGACAUAGUUUCAAUUGUAUACAAAUAUUACGUGUUACUGUAUGCUGCCUACUGCCUUUGAUUUUCUUCGAGGGAAAUUCUCAUUCGGCGCUGUUGGAUUUGACUGUUGUCCGACAAAAAGUGAGCAUCCCUUUAACAGCAACCAAGCGUCCGUUGCCAUGGGUACAGCGAGGCAGCGGGGAGAAAGAGACACGAAUGACAAGGCUAGAUGCUAGCUAUCAACAGUUUCCUCAACGACGAAGUUGCUUUUGUAUACAUUGUAUAAAUGUCACUGUUUAGGGACAAUUGUAACUUUCUUGUCUCCCUGCGUGACACCAUUUUACUUUAGCUAAAACGACUUGCUCAGCUGCCGAGUUGACUAACUAGCUAGGUUACAACUAACUAACGUUACCUUAACUAGCCUAAGCAUUGAAAUGGCAAGUCUAGGCAAAUCCACCGGCAAAACUCCCAAAAAGGAGGCGAGACCUCGGACCCCGCCAGAGAAGAAACGUCUGAAAGUGUCAGAGGAUUUCUCGUCGUGUCUGAGUGAAGAGCAGCCUCAGAGCCCCACUCUUAAAGGAGAGGACAUCCAGGCCCUGGCCAUCAGACCUGAGGACCUGGAGAAGUUGCGGGUGCCCCAGCCCCCUAAAGAACCCCAGAAGCCUGCAGCAGUGACCCGAGUGCUGGUGCGUAAGACCCGCCCACCUGAUGACAUCAGAAAGGGGGUGAGGGUAGCGGUGGCCCGCCCCCUGGCCCAGGACACCACCACACAGCCACUGGACUACACAGGACCGGGGGGACCUCGCUUCGAUGCCCAGGGGAUGGUCCUCCCCCACAGCAUUCUGGGUAGUCUGGAGGACUUCAGGACAGAGAUGCAGGCCAGGGGAGAGACUGAGCUGGUGAGGAGGGUGCCAGCCCCUCAGAGAGCCGUCUUCCAGGUGUUGGGGGGUCAGAGGGGUGCAGAGAGACCCCCUCCAGUCCCCAGGGGUCAGAGAGACGUCCAGAGCCACGCCCUGCAGCACUGGCACACACACAUGACCCAGAGAAGACACCAGCAGGACCUUAUCUCCAACCUGCUCCAGAAGCCAGUAGAGAGGCUGUUGAUGAACCAGUCCAACCGUUUCAGAGAGACUCAGGAGCAGAGAGAACUGAUCACCCGAGGCCUGCCAGCCAUACACUCUGGACAGGGUUACCGUGUAGGCAGUGAGUUCUGGAGCCUCCCUCAGAGGUUUGGUGAUGAGCUGAGUGGUAUCUCAGCCACCCUGACCCAGACACAGAGAGGACAGCAGGAACCUGUCACACACAUCGCACAGCCACACAGCAUCCGCAUGGAGUCAGGUAAUGUUCUCCCAGAGACGUGUGGUUCAGCCAGCAGGACCUGGGACCAGAGUCUCUACCUGCAGCACCGACGACAUGAGCUCAGAGAUGUUCUCAAAGACCUGGACUUCAACCAGCCUGAGAUAGAUGGCUUGGAGGUGAUUGGCUCAGGCCAGCCCUUCACCUCUGUCACUGUGAAGCGGAGCCCCCUAUUGGAGGAGGAGGAGAGGGAGGAGCUUAGGGAGGCGGAGCAGAAGGAGAACCAUGACCCCCUGUCGCAGUUUGAUGAUGUCAUGCUGGACGCGGUGCUGGUGCCUGCCCUGAGGUUCUGUGGGCAGCCCGCCCGCUGGACAGGCAACUCCACCUCUCACAAGGGGGAGGUGGGUAUCAGCGCCAGGGUAACGUUUGAGGCCCUGUCAGGAGACAGAGCCAGUUCAGACAUGGAGGUGCAGAACGAGGGCAGUACAGCAGUCUACUACAGCUGGCAGCGCCUGGCUGUACCACACAGCUUCCCUGACGCCAGGACACACACACACACACAGCACUUCUACUUCAACACCUCCACAGGUGUGAUUCUACCAGGUGACAGCAAGCGUGUAGAGUUUAUAUUUAAGUCGGAGGUCCCAGGCAUCAGGACAGAGGUGUGGCGUCUCAACACACACCCUGUCCUGCUGGGCGGAGCCUCCAUCCAGGUGACACUGAGGGGCGUGGCUCUCUACCAGGACAAGACCGCUGACCAGAGACACGCCCUGGAGAGGGAGCUGCAGCAGAGAGAGGCUGCGUCAGUGUGUCGGUCGUUGGUGUGUGACGUGUUACGAGGCGUCCUCACCCCAGAGAGACCCGGCUCCCCUGCGGAGCUCUACACCACCGAGGAAGAACACUUCCACAACAGGAACCCAGAGGUUCACUCCACCUCGAAGGUAGACUCAGAGUGA